AUGCAGGAAGAUGAGGAGGAUGUGGAUGGCUGGGGAGAUUUCGAGGAGAUUGACUUCAAAGCUGUUGGUGGCGCGCCUCUGGUGUCCGAGCCAUGCCAGGCCACAGAUGCAACAGAGCAGCCUGACGCUGCAGAUGGUGCCGUGGCACAUGAGUUCCGAAGUUGUAUUGUCCAAGGAGCACUGUACGGUGGAGUUGAGGAAGAAUGCUGA